CAAAAAUGGAAACAUGUUUUACCUCUUAUCCAGCAUUAGAUUCAUUUAAUCAUAUUUAUUAUAUCUUCAUAAUUGAAUGCAUUCUGUCUGGAAUGCAAUUUCUAUCAAUACUAUAACAGGGUUUGCAUCUUUCGCAUGGAAAAAAGGAUUCCUUUUCUUUUGUGCAAAUCAAUUGUUGGAUCUCAUAACUAUCAUUUUGAGAUCUAUGUAGAUGAGUGAAUAAAAGAGCCCGAAUUGUGCUGGGAUUUACGUGGGAUGCAAUCUAAUAGUCGACAUGGCGAAAGAAGAUCAAUCAUCAUUUCGAGCAGAAGAUGAAACCAAAUCUAGCAUAGAAUCAGUACUAAAAUAAUACAAACAUAAGUUACGUCGAGAAGUUUUGUUGCAUUAUUAUUAUUAUUAUUUUUAGACCUUACCUUUUUUUUUUUUUUUUCUCCCAGCCUAAUAAUUAAAAGAUACAAUGAGUUAGAAAAGUAAAACAAAAACCCAUGCAAUCCAAAUUGCAAAUUUUCCAUUUCAGAUCUCCAACGGCUACAUAUUUCAGAACCACCCCCUUCUUUUCUCUCUCUCUAUUCCCAUUAUUCGUAUGGUACAUAGCCAACGGCGAGCACACGGAAAAAUCCCCCCAUUCCCGCGUUGAUUUCGGCGUCGCUCGCCGCAGAGUGAGAAUAAAAAUCCCACCUUUUUUCUGCUCUCUCUCCUCCCCCGCUAAUCUCGCAAGGAUAGAGAGGGCGAAAAAAGCGAUAGAGAUCCUACUUUUGCCAUAUUUUGGUGGGUCUCGCAGCGCUCCCCCAUCUCCUCUCCCUCCUCUCCUCCGCUCCUUGCCGUCCUCUCCCCUUCGCCUCCCAUUCCCCCGUCGAGAUCUCCCGUUUUCUUGAGGAUUCCCCCGUUUUCCGGCGCGAUCCGGCGCCCAUUCUCGUGAUCUCAGCCGUUCUUGGUCGCCAGCGCUCCGGCGUGUGCCCCGGCGGUGAUGGGCUGCGUCGUGUCGAAGAAGGCGGUCUCCGUUACCCCGGCGGUGGACUCGUCGGGCGUCCUGAGGGACCGCCGGCAGGGAUCGGGGGCGGCCUCGGCUUUUUCCUCCUCCCGGCGGCACCGGGCCGAGGAGGAGCGUUUGGAGAAGGAGGAGGAAGGGGAUCGACGGGAGCCCGGAGACUUUGGGAAGGUGAGCGGGAAGAGCACCGACUCGCGGAUCUUUCGGCUGGGGAGUCUCCCCAAGAGUGUUCAAGGGGAGCAGGUCGCCGCCGGAUGGCCGGCUUGGCUCAGCGCCGUCGCCGGGGAGGCCAUUCAGGGGUGGGUGCCGCGCCAUUCUGACUCCUUUGAGAAAUUGGAGAAGAUUGGGCAAGGUACCUAUAGCAGCGUAUUUAGAGCACGCGAUCUUGACACGGGAAAGAUUGUUGCCUUGAAGAAGGUGCGGUUUGACAAUUUUGAGCCAGAGAGUGUUAGGUUUAUGGCAAGGGAAAUUCUCAUACUUCGCAGGCUUGACCAUCCAAAUGUUGUCAAAUUGGAGGGAUUGAUUACUUCACGGAUGUCAUGUAGUUUAUAUCUUGUAUUUGAAUAUAUGGACCAUGAUCUUUCAGGACUGUGUUCUUCUCCAGAGGUCAAAUUAAGUGAACCACAGAUCAAGUGCUACAUGCACCAGUUACUCUCUGGGCUUGAACAUUGCCAUUCACGUGGUGUCAUUCAUCGUGACAUCAAGUGCGCCAAUCUUCUAGUUAGUAACGAAGGAAUUCUGAAAAUGGCUGAUUUUGGUCUGGCAAACUUCUGCAGACCUGGACAUAAGCAACCACUAACCAGCCGUGUUGUGACUCUAUGGUAUCGACCACCUGAACUUCUGCUGGGUUCAACCGACUAUGAAGUAACUGUUGAUUUGUGGAGUGUUGGUUGUGUAUUUGCUGAACUUUUUCUCGGGAAGCCUAUCUUGCAGGGAAAGACUGAGGUUGAACAGUUGCACAAAAUUUUUAAGCUUUGUGGUUCCCCUUCAGAUGAGUAUUGGAAGAAGUCCAAGUUGCCUCAUGCAACAAUUUUUAAACCCCAUCAUCCCUACGAGAGUUGCCUCCAGGAGGCAUGCAAAGGUUUACCAGCAAGUGUUGUUCAUUUGUUAGAAGUUUUUCUGUCAGUUGAACCUUAUAAGCGUGGCACUGCCUCAACUGCUCUUGCUUCUGAGUAUUUCACAACAAUGCCCUAUGCAUGUGAACCGUCAAGCUUGCCAAAAUACCCACCUACCAAGGAGAUUGAUGCAAAAUGUCGCGAGGAGCUACGCAGGACAAGGGUCGUCAGUAGAGGGCAUGGAGUAAAAGCAACAAGAAGACUGCCAAGAACACAGAGACUUCUACAAGAACCAAGUACGCUAAGUAAAGUAGCAGAUCACCCAGAGGAAUCACAGAUCAAUCCUCAUGGAGUCAAUAAAAACAAUUUAGAACAAGACCUUCCUAGAAUAAAUGGUGACACUAGAUUUUUCGUAGAUCUGCAUCCAAUGGCAGCAAUGAAUCCUCCAAAUGAAAGGCUGCAUGUAAAGAACAACCCCCAGGAGGAAUAUUCUUUCUCAGGGCCCUUGCACAUUUCUGCUUACCCUGGCUUUGCAUGGGCAAAAAACCAGAAAGAAGGCCAUGCGCAUGUUAGAUCUCACUGUAGAUCUAACUCAAGAAGCCAUCUUUCUGGUGCAGUCGAUCCAUCUAAUAACCUGCAAAUCAAAAACAGCGAUGACUUGAAAGGACAAGCAAAUGGAAAUGGUUAUGUGGCUUGUUCUGAUUCCAAAGGACAUGAGCCAUAUGCAUUAGCAAAGCAAGCAAUUUUGAAGAAGUGGGCACAGUUAGAACGACCAGACUCAUUUGAUUCCUCCGACAUGUUCCAUUUGCAAGAUCUGUCAGAAGUGUCAUCAAAUUAUAGCAACUUGGGCUAUCAGAAUCAAGCCGACAGAGUUGAGUUUUCGGGGCCUUUGUUGUCUCAAUCACAUAAGGUUGAUGAACUUUUGGAGAAGCAUGAACGCCACAUCCGCCGGGUAGUUCGUAAAUCAUGGUUACUUAGAGGGGCAGGAAAGAAGCAAGGAAAGUAGAAAACUGAGGCAUAUGCUUUUUCUAGUAGGACAGAAAUCAUCCUGAAACUGACGGCUUCGUCAUGCGUGCCAGAGAACUAACAUCUGUCUGAGCUCAAAAAUGAUGUCAGAUGUGUUAGAUGAUGUAUUCAGAGCGUUCCCCCAACUGUUGGGUGAAAUGAAAGCAUUCCAUAUGAAGGUGCUCUACUUACCAUUUCUUAGCUGUUGACAUAAAGUGUGGUGGGAAGAAGCUGGAGCCCACAACAGUCCUUUCAACUCCCAGCUAACUGGGUUGGUGGUGAUGGCAAGCAUUUCUGGCAUCCCAGGAAGGAUCAUGCAGUAAUUUUCAGAAAAGUGAAUUCCUUAGUGAUAUAGUGAUGUCAUGGUGCUUGGAAAAUGCCCCAAGGAGAGGCCAAGUUUCUGUAAAGAUCAUUGUAUAGAUUUGAAGGAUAAGCAUUUUUUUUAGCGUCACCCAGAUAAAUCGAAUUUGUGAGUUAUGAUUAAUUGCUGAAAUAUGUUGCCAAUUUGUUGAUACAGCAAUCAUAAUUCAAGCUGAUUUAGAUGUUGGCGUCA